GUCGUUUACUGGCUAUUAACUGAACGUAGCGGUACAAAUCGGACAAGCACACACCAUUAGUUGAGCGCUACGAGUGCGUGAAAGCGGAGCGGUUCGAGGAAUAAAAAAUUGCUUUAAGAUCACCAAAACAAAAAAACACCACGAAGAAAUACAAAUUGUUGUACAAUUGCCUAAAUUUUGUUAAUUGAAAAUAUUCGGCAAAAAGUCAACACUCGCUUAGAGGCAAACAAUUUCCCUAGUUUUGUUCAAACUCGUUUGUGUGUGCGUGUGCAUGUAAGUGUUUAUCCAUAGUGCGCGAUGCUUAAAUUAAGCAUAAUUUGCACAUUGUUCGCAUCCAUUAUUUGGCGCACCACGCCGACCAAUUGUAGCCGCCCGUCAAGCCAUGGCGGCAAUGUGAAUCAAAUUUUGGCAACGAAUAUACAAAACUACAUGGACACAACGGCGCGACCAUGUGAAAAUUUCUAUCAGUACGCUUGUGGCCAUUGGCCGCAACAGCACAUCGAGCAAUUGGAUUUCGGCGAUACGCUUGGUCUGCUCGAUUAUGAGCUUAAUCGCAAGUUGGAGCAUUUGCUGCGGCGCCAGGCGAACGCCAGUGCCAUCAAUGCGGUUAGCAGCACAACUACUGCCGCCACAUCCACCGACAGCCUAACUGAUGUCGUUUCCAAUUUUGUCACAGCCGCCGCUAUGUUGGAGGGUCCAUAUGCCAUGGUUGGCGACCUCGUUGUUGAACCGCAACCCUCUUCGUCGAGCACAACACCAGCCAGCUCGACAGCAUCGACUUACUUGACGGAGGAUGCGGUGGGUGAGCCGCUGAUUUACGAGAAAGCGCGCAUCUACUACCGCUCCUGCAAAAAGGUGAAACCGUACAACCUAAAGAAGUAUUUACAACUUAUUCAACCCGGUUAUAGCGCGCACUGGUGCAUCUUGGCACGCAAUGGUGGCAAGAAGUGGCAUGCGGAGCAUUUUGAUUGGUUGAUAGCGAUUGCCAAAUUACGUUUGUAUGGGUUGAAUGGCGUGCUAUUGAAGGAAGAAGUGCUGCCGCGCUGGGAUGAGUCGAGCAGCAAUAGCAUCUACCUGGAUAAGCCGAAUUUAGCUGAAACGGAACCAACAGAGGAGGGUAUAAUGAUCGAGCUGCUCCUGGAUAUUGGCCAAACAAAGCGCGCCGCCAACGAGGUGGCACGUGAGGUACACACUUUCUCAUUGCGUUUGCACAAACUGCAUGAAAUCGAGGACGAGGAGGGCGCCAAAGAGAUGCAACUGGGCUAUUUGCAAGAAUAUGUACAGGAAAUCAAUUGGCUUGAGUUGCUGAAGCAAUUGAAAGGUCCUUCUACCAGUCUUGCGACGACAGUCAUCAUACAAAACAUACCUUACAUGCGCGCCUUGGUGCGUCUACUCGCCGACACCCCCAAAGAUACGCAAUGCAACUACAUUAUGCUGAAGUUCCUGCUCUAUCUCAAGCAGCGCGGUCCAGCCGAGAUUUCGAAGCAUGAAUGCAUUUCGAGCAUGCGACGUGCCAUGCCGCUGGCCAUGAGCUACAUCAUAGGCCGUCACUACUACAAGGAUGCCGUGCAGACAGAUGAAAAUGUGCAAAAGCUUUUUGCAAAUCUGCAGCAGAAAUUCUAUGAAAUUGUCAGCGAUAAUCGGCUGCAGCUGCAACGUCCCAUUGUGGACACGCUUUUGCAGAAGAUCUCCAGCAUGCGUUUGCAGAUUGGCAAUUCGCCGCGCAAAGCCACGCCAGAGUACUACGACGAGUACUACGAACGAGUCGAACUCGAUCCCAAUAAUUUCUAUGUCAAUCAAUUGAGUCUACUGCGUUUGGCUGUCGAGAAGAGCCAUGAAAGCUUGGAUGCUGUGAUCGCAAGCAAUUUCAGCUCACCAGAAAACGACUCCUAUGUACUACCUGAUUGGGUGGGCAGCUCCUCGUCACCGCUCUAUGUGAAACCUAAAAAUUUGAUCAUUGUGCCCUACAGUUACCUGCAAAUGCCGAUCUACCAUCGCGGUUUACGUGACAUUUUCAAGUACUCAGUGCUGGGUUUUAGCAUCGCACAUGAGCUGCUGCACGGCUUCGACUCAUCGGGCAUCGACUAUGACAGCAUCGGCAAUAUAAUGGGUCCCAGCGAGGAAAUUGCGGCAAAUCAACGUUUCAUGCAUGGACUGCGCUGCAUGCAGAACGAAUUGGCCACUGGUUCGCGUAGCUUAAAUGAGAAGCUGGCCGAUUACGAGGGCUUUCGCCUCACCUACGAAACCUACUUCAAUGGCAAUGUAACGCACGAGACAGGUGGCGUGCUAAGCAAGCUGCUGCCACAAUUCAAUGACAAACAGUUGUUCUUCAUCAACUUUGCGCAAUUCUUCUGCAGUAAAGUGCAGCGCAGCCUCAGACAGACGGCUUACUUGGAGCAUGCGAUCGACGAGUUGCGCGUUCUGCAAACGCUGGCGAAUUUUGAGGAAUUCUCACGCGAGUUCGGUUGUGAGCGACGUGCGAAAAUGCAGUCGAAACAUCGAUGUAAGCUGUGGUGAAGCAGAAGAGUCAAGAGUGGCAGAGAGAGCAGAGAGGGGUAGAGAGAGAGAGACAGUUAGAGAAAAUCGUAUCAGUGAUGAGAACAAGCAAUGUUAGCGGAAUAUUUAAGGUGAAAGGAAAGAUUAAUAACGUGAACAGUGGGAGUUUGAAAACAAGCACUGAGCAGAUAGAGCAAUAAAAAAGUUCGUUUUUUCUAGAACUGUUAUUAUGGAAGUGAGAGUAAAAAAUGGACAAGUGAUUAUGAAGCGUUAUGUGCAAUAUCUAGAAAAUGUUUAAAAAAAUAUGUAUAUAAAUUUAAAAAAUAAUGUAACUGUAAAAUUUUAGUUGAACUAUUAGUCGAUGUAAAUAGUUUUAAAAAAUACACUAAACUAAAAAAUAUUAAGUGAACUACAUUAUUUUAAUAAAAGAUUGAUGAUAAAAAAUAA